AUGUUAAUUUUUAUUAAAUAUAGAAAAGAAGGUGAGAUAGAUCCAUUGCCGAUUAAAGGAGAAGGUUAUUACCAUCGACACGAGCCUGCAGAAUUCACAGUGGAAGAAGUAAAGAAUCCCAACGUUAAAUACACAGCAGUUGGUACAAUAUUCUUGACAGAUAAAAGAAUAAUAUUUAUAGCUGAUGAACCUUCGAUACCUGAUGGAUUUGAGACGUUCUAUGUAUUUUUGUCAGAUAUCGCUACCUCAGUUACACCACCAAAGUUUUUUUCCUAUAAAAGUAAAAAUGUUUUCACCACAGAGAUAAAAUUAAAGAAUUCAGUUGUGUUGAAACUUACGGUUAAUUAUUGUGGUGGGUAUCAAGAAGACGAGGAAGCUAGAGAUAUUUUUGAAGAUUAUUAUGGAAUGUUGACCGCUGCUUUGCGAAGAAUAGUCUAA